UCAAGCCUGAUGGAGCCGGCCUGCUCCCUGCUCCGAUGACCCCAUGAGGUCUCGCGGCUCCUUGCUCCCUCAUGCAAAUCUACCGAGCUGCACGCUGGAAUUCCCAGAUCUGGCGGCCGUCGCCCAGAUCUGGUCUUCGCCUGCACAGUUUCUCGCCUCGGCGUCCUGGAGUCUAGAUGCAACCUCUAGAUGGGUAGAUAGAAGGGUGUCCCGCUGGAUCGCUCAACCGAAGGCAACCUUGGUCCUUCGUGGUUUUAGAUUAUUUUCUCUUCUUUGCUGCUGCAUUGUCGUCUUCACCGUCGUCUUCGUCGUCGUCGUCGUCUUCGUCGUCGUCGUCGUCUUCGCCGUCUUCGCCGUCUUCGUCGUCGUCGUCUUCGCCAUCUUCGUCGUCGUCGUCUUCGCCGUCUUCGCCGUCUUCGUCGUCGUCAUCGUCUUCGCCGUCGUUGACAUCAACAAUUCUUCCGCAACAGAAGCAGGAGUCACCUUUGUGUGAACCCAGUUCUGGGUUUCGUGAGGAACCCAGGAACCCCCCAGUUUUGGGUUCCUGGGUUCCUCGAAGAACCUAGGUUCUGGGUUUCACGAGGAACCCUUGAAGAACCCAGUUUCUGGGUUCCUCGCAGAACAAACCCCAGUAUUUCUUCCAGAAAUUGUGCUUUGCUCUGUUUCUUUAACUUCUUGCUUUGUUUGGUUGCUGAGAAAAUAUUUCUGAUCCCUUUUUGUUUUUGUUUGGUUGCUGAGAAAAUUUUGCUUUGUUUGUUUUUGUUUGGUUGCUGAGAAAAUUUUGCUUUCUUUGAUUUUGUUUGGCCUUCGGGAACUAAACUGAAACUAGAAAA